UCACCACAUUUUUUGUCAACCCAACAUAACGAACCAUGAUAGUAGACGUAGCACCAUCCUCUUCCACCAAUUCUCCGGCAACUUUUCCGGUUAACCGGAGUUCCAAUAUCGCCGGACUUGUUCCAAAUCCUUUUAUUCAACACUGCAAGAAAAUUAAAGGGUCCAUAUUUUCUUGCAGGAAAGUCAGAGCUAUUACUACAGGUAGAAGAAGAAUUGUAGGUGCUCAUGUGGAUAUGAAGGAAGCAGAGAAAAAGAGAGGUGGUGAAGUGAGAAUAGUGAGUAUUGUUGGAGAAGCUAGUGUUAGUCCUCUUAAGUCUGCUCCUUGGCUUGAUGUUAUGCUUCACACUGCAGAGAGACUGAAAUGGGUUGAUGAAGAGUUUGAAAUGAUUGUCUUUUCUGACGACUUUGUCAAAUCUAAAGAUGAAACUGACCACGUUAGGAAUGAGCUUGAUCGUGCUGAUAUUUUGGUGGUGGUUGCUGUCAGAAAAGAAGGAGCAGUCAACUGGAUACAGACAAAAAGCCCCAUUGUCCCAAACAUCAUAUGCUUUGAUUCCUCUUUGGCACUAAAAAACAAGCUAGGUGGAAGUUUUGUUGAAACUGAUAAGAGGGGAGAUAUAUUUAGCAGUUUACUUCCAUUUUCUCAAUCUAAGAAACUGAACGAAUCAUUGGAGAUAGCCCGAACAGUGUCUGAGUCUUGGGAAAGGCAUAAUUCUGAUGAUAUUCGGUUCUGCUUGUUAGUUAUAAUUAAUGCUUAUAUUACCCCUGUUUCAACACUGAAGAACCUUAGAGCCAAAGGAUUCUCCACGUUAAACUGUAUGGUGACAAAUUGCGGGCCUCAGAUAUUGAAUUGUCUACUGGAUCCUAACUGUAGGAAGGCACUUCAAUGCUUGAACAACUGUAGCCCUGUAGAUCAAGUAUGCAAUUAUCGAUGUAUUGCUUCAUAUGAGAGCAAAUACCUGGAAGAGUUCUCUCUCUGUGUACUGCAGAAGAAUAACUGUCUUGAACUCGACGCGAAGAUCCCUGAAAAACCUUGUGUGUCUCCAAUGUCAGAGUUUCGAGGGGAGAAAUUGUCUACUGAAAUCGCUGAGGACCUUUUUGUGGGUUGGUUAGGGACAUUGGAAUGGAGUUGGCGCGUUGUAGCAGGGCAGAAUCCAGCUUAUGAUCAAUUUCCAUGCCAGUACCAAUUAUUCUAUCGGGGAAAAGCUAAAGGAUCGUUUUGGUAUGAACCAGUUUUCCAGGUAAGGACGCUUGAAGGGGACUUAGUCUGGAGAAGGCGGAAGUAUAGAGUGAAAAGAGGAAAAGUUCCUGGAACAUUUCAUUUUAGUGUAUUAGAUAAUGGAGUUGUUUCGAAUGAGUUCUGGACAAUUGUAGAUGUUACUGAUGAUUUGAGCUGGGGUUUGUUCCACUAUCAUGGAGCUGCACGAGUGGCAGGGCAGUCAUAUACUGGGGCAGUUCUUGUCAGCCCAGAUGGUCAAUAUCCAGCUGAGAGGGAAAAAGAAAGGUUGGUAUCUGCAUUGGAUAAAUGUGGUAUCAAAGAGUGGGAGCUAUUCGAUGUUGAUAAUUGUUCAUGUGAAAAUGCACCAUUGGGGCUUCCAGAGGGCUCAAGUCUGCAUUCUAAAAUUGAAGUCCAUGGCCGGACACAUUCUUCAGUCUAGCAGCCUGCAAUUUUUGUUAAAGCUGGACUUGUGUUUCGUAUAGUUUAUUGAUAGGUCGAUCAUGAUGACUGAAUAUUGUUACAGUGUGUUGUAAAAUUAUAUUCCUACUACAAAAUUUAGUCUACUCGUGAAAGAAAUGAACUUUUUGUUACAGAAAA